AUGGAACAGCCGAUUGAGUAUGAGUGGCUUCCAACUAAAUGCUCUAAUUGUAAGAAGCUGGGGCACUCUUCAAGCUCUUGUAAGUUUGAAGUCGGAACUGUCUGGAGGAAGAAAGAAUCUCAGAGCAUACCAGAAUAUGUUCAGCAGAAGGUUAAGGAAGCUGGUACUUUGAAGCAGAGCAGUUUUGUAAUGACUCAGAAGACUCCUCAAGCAGAUGCUCAAGUUGGUGCUGGGUCGAGUGAUACUGGUUGGGCUAUUCUAAAAAUAACUGGGAAUGGGAAGACUAAGGUUCCGAUUGCUUGUGAUCCAAUUAGAAUCUCCUAUAAAUCUAGGAGAGUUUUGUGGAAUGAUCUGGCUCAGGUGCAUUUGCCUAUUCAACCGUGGUUAGUUUUGGGGGAUUUUAAUGCAGUGUUUGAUAUCACGGAUCGUUUGGGUGGGAGGCCUAUAUUAGGGAAGGAAAUGGAGGAUGCUCAAAACUGGUUGGCUCUCGGGUUGGUUGAAGAAAUGAAGGUGGAUAUGUUUCUGUUUGCUUCAGAUUUUUCCCAUUGGGAGGUGGUAUUAGAUCAUAGUACUUUGCUUAUCAAACAAGUUGAAGUCCGGAAUUUGGGGAUUCAACCAUUUCGAUACUUUCAUAUGUGGUAUUCUCAUCCUCAAUUCAGAGAUAUUGUGUUAGGUAGCUGGACUAAGCCUAUCUGUUCUGGGGGUGAUUGUUUGACGAGGUUGGCUAAGAAAUUGAUUAGGCUCAAACAUGUGCUAAAGAGAUUCAACUGGAGGAUUAUGGGGGAUGUUGGGUGUCAAUUUGAGCAAAGUAAAUCUCUGUUCCAACAGGCUCAUAAUGCUUUGUUUGCUGAUCCUAGCAAUGCUUCUUUGGUCUCGGCAGAAAGAGAAGCUUAUUUGGAGUAUAGAAGACAAGAGAAAUUUUUUGAGAGUUUUCUUAGACAAAAGAGUAAGAUCACUUGGCUGCGAUUUGGGGAUGACAAUACGGCUUAUUUUCAUGCCAGUUUGAAGAAAAGGAAGAUAUCCAAUCGCAUAGUUUCUUAUAUAUCAGCUGAUGGGCUGUUGUUGAUGAUUAUGAGAAGCAUUCAUCCAGUUAAAAGUCCUGGUCCUGAUGAAUAUGGGGCUGGUUUUUUCAAAGUUAUGUGGAAAGAAAUAGGCAGGGAGGUUUCACUGGUUGUCCUUGAGUUUUUUGAGACGGGUCUAAUUCCCCAAAGCUUAAAUGAUAGUCUUUUGGUGCUGAUUCCGAAGGUAGACCAGCCUUCUAAUGCUGCUGACUUUAGACCAAUAGCUUGCUGUACUACCAUCUAUAAAUGCAUUUCUAAGAUGGACUUCUUGGAGAAUUUACUAAAAGUUCUUUGCUUUCCUAGUAGAUUUAUUCGUUGGAUCAUGAUUUGCUUGAGAGGCACCUUCUAUUCGUUACUGUUAAAUGGUAGAAUCCAAGGGCAAUUUAAGGGAGGUAAAGGGCUUAGACAAGGAGAUCCUAUUUCUCCUUUACUCUUUGUCAUUGUGAUGGAUUACCUUACUCGAAUGUUAAUCAAAGCAUCCAACGAUAAAGGUUUCAGAUUUCAUCCUAUGUGCAAAUCUCUCAAUCUUGUUAAUCUUUGCUUUGCGGAUGAUUUGCUUAUUUUUUGCAAGGCUAAUCCUCAAUCUGUGCAGAUUUUGCAUACAACGCUUGCUGAGUUCAACUUGACUUCAGACCUGUCUAUCAACCUUAGUAAAUCUCGUAUUUACUUAGGUGGGCUGUCCGAUGCUGCUAAGGAGUCUGUUUUGAGCUGUACCAAUCUGCAGGAGGGGUCUUUUCCUCUGAAGUAUCUUGGUGUCCCUCUUAGGCCUACCAAAUGUAAGGCCUCUGACUUUGAAGUUAUUCUCAAGAAGAUUAGAUUGUGUCUUAAUUCCUGGGCCAACCGAAACCCUUCCUAUGCUGGUAGAACUUAUUUAAUUCAAUCUAUCUUAUUGGGGAUUAGAAACUAUUGGAUAAAUAUUUUUCUAUUCCCUCAACAUGUGGUUAGAGAUAUUGAUCGUCUAUGUAGGAACUUCUUGUGGGGUGUGAAGGGAACCCGCAGCAAAUUUCACCUGGCUUCUUGGGAAUUUGUCUGUAGUCCUAAAGCUUAUGGAGGUCUUGGAUUUAGAGAAGGGCCUGCUUGGAAUAAGACUAUGAUUGCAAAGUUUCUCUGGGCCAUUUCUUUUAAACAGGAUCAAUUAUGGGUGAAAUGGAUGAAUGAAUCUCAUUCACACCUCUUUUUUGAGUGCAUUUUCUCUGAGAAGAUCAAACAGGCUAUUGCUAACUGGUUGGGAGAGGCGAUUUGGCCUGGUAAUUCUAAUGAUUGGCAUGUUUGGUUGGCUGGUUGUAGGCAAGAUUGGUUGGGCCAGGUGGUUUCCGCUACUCUUGCAGCUACUGUCUAUUUUAUCUGGUUUAAUAGAAACAAAUAUUAUUUUGAUAAUAGUUGUUAUUCGGUUACCAAAAUUGAUCAAUUGAUCCGGCUUUCUAUCAAAACCAGAGCUCUUAAUUCCAAUACUAGGAAGUUGUCUACUAGAGAGAGACAAAUGUUAGAUUUUGUUACUAAUGUGUAA